AUGCCUUCCAUUCUCCUGGCCUUCGCCGUUCUCGUAACGGCAUACGCUUCAACAUUCGUGUACCGCUUCACGCGCGGUUGGAUCGAUGGCAGAAAGACUGGUUUCCCGCUCGUGCUACUUCCUCUUGAUCCAAACUGGCUCCCAUGGAUGAUUGUCAGUGUGCCCUGGAGAAAGUGGCUACAGAAGAAUUUGCCGCGAAGCAUCUAUCAGAGAGUAGUGCUGUCAAUUUAUGGCUGGGAAUUCUGGGAAAAGACCGCGCCGUAUGAUGAGCUGGCAGCUCCGCAGGGUGAUCGCAAGAACUUCCUGCUCGUAUCUUGCGGGAGACUGGAGCUCUGGACGUGCGACUCUGCUAUAGUUGCUGAGGUAUUGAGCCGACCCAAGGACUUCAAUCAGCUUGAUAUCGGCAACUUCAUACUCAAUAAGUUCGGCGAUAACAUCUUGACCACGGAUGGCGACCGAUGGGCGCGUCACCGAAAAGUGGUGGCCGGUGUCAUCAACGAACGCAUCUCAAAGUCCGUCUUCGAUGAAACCGUCGUUCAAGCUCGCGGUCUUCUAGACCAGAUCCAGACCGAUUCUAAUGGCACCAGCGCGAUCGAAACGAAUAAAGCCUUCGACUGGGCAAAGAAGAUCACCAUGCAGGUUCUGAGCGGAGCUGGAAUGGGCACCCAGUUGCCGUGGAAUAACGAGGGCCACGAGAAGCCCGCCCCUGGUUUCAAGCAGACAUACUCCCAGUCGGUCACGCAUGUGAUCAGCAAUAUUGCUGGACCUUUGUUGCUGCCUCAAUGGUUUCUGCUGAACUACCCUUCCUGGGCACCUGGCUACUCUGUGCUCAAGCCUCUCGGGAUUGCGAUUGAGGAGUUUCCUAUCCACACCGACAGGCUGCUGCAAGACGAAAGACGCCGAGCUCGCGAGGAGGGUGGCUCGUCUAAGAGCAACAUUUUGAGUCAAUUGCUUGAAGCGUCAGACAGCUCGGAGAAGCAAAGUGCCAAAUCAGCGCCCUUAUCGGACAGAGAACUACGAGGAGACCUGUUCAUAUUCACGGCUGCAGGUUUUGAUACUACGGCAAACACGAUAUCAUACGCUUUCGUUCUGCUCGCCCGAUAUCCGAAAUGGCAAGAUUGGCUGUUCGAAGAAGUCGAUGACAUCCUUCCCAACGACCCGAAUGAGGAGCUCGACUAUAUCGCCACUUUCCCGAGAGCCACUCGAACCCUUGCCUUCAUGCUCGAAGUCUUGCGCCUGUUCACACCCCUCAACCACAUCGCAAAGCAGGCCCAAACCCCACAGCCCUUACACACGCCUGGCAAAACGUACUGGCUGCCAGCGAAUACGACAAUGUAUAUUAAUGUGGUACCGCUACACCGCGACCCAGCCGUAUGGCGGGGCCUGAAUCUUCCCGAAGGCGAGACAUCUGCAAAAGACGACGAGUUGCACUUUCGUCCCAACAGGUGGACAAAUCCGUCGGGAUCGGCGCAGGUACUAUACCAACCAGCGAAAGGGACGUAUGUACCGUGGUCAGCUGGUCCUCGUGUAUGUCCUGGACAGAAAAUGGGGCAAGUGGAAUUUGUGGCUGUUUUCUUGACGAUAUUGAGAACGCAUAGAAUCGAUGCAGUGGCGCUUGGGGAGGAGAGUAAGCAGGUGAUGAACAAGCGACUUGAUGCGCGGAUGGAGAAGAGUCAUUCAUUGCUUACACUGCAGAUGGAAGAUAUUUACGAUGUGAAAGGUGAAGACGAUGGGUUGAAGUUGAGGAUUAGUAGGAGGAAGUAG